AUGAAGAAUAAAUAUGUAUUUUUUUAUUCUUAUAAGAGUAAUUACAAAAUAAUUAUUGUUUAUGAUUAUAUAGAAAAAUUAUAUGAACCUAAAAGACGUAUGUAUAAUGAUAUUGGUUAUGGGAAAAGUAGAUAUGAUUUUUAUUGUAAAAAUGUUACAGCAAGUGGUUUUAAUAAGUCUAAUAGUGAACAUAUAAAUAUAUGCUUGGACGCUAAAACAUAUAUGUUAAGUAUAACUGGGAAAUAUAGAAAUCAUAAUUACGAGGAUGAAAAUAUAUAUUGUUUAUACUUGUUUUAUUGGCUAUAUCACAAUCUCAUGAAGAAAACAAAUCAAUUUGUUGACGUCAAAAGUAUGUUAUAUCAAGUGUUAAAUGCAUAUGGAAGAGAUUUAGGGGGGUUCGAUAAUUUAUGCAAAGAUUAUAAGAAUAUUAUUACUGAUUAUGAUUUGAUCAAAAUAUCACAUUUAUAUGAUGUGUAUAAGUGUAUUAAAGGAGAAUAUGACAAUGAGCUUAGAGAGGACGAUUAUUUUUGUGUUGCAAUAAAAAAAUUAGUAGAAAAUUAUAAUACAGAAAUGAAAGCACAUGCUGUUACACACACGGUACCAAUGGAAACAAUACGUUGUCCAAGUAAUAUUAAAUCUCCUAUUAUUAUUACAGUACUCGCAAUGGUGAUUACACUUACUUUUUUAUUUAUUAUGUUUAAGGUUAAUUAUGAUAUGUUUUAUAAAUAUUUUUUCUAUAAAAACACAAAAUAUGGUUCUAACCUUCAGCGAGUAAUAAAAAGAAUAAAAAAUAAAUUGAGUAUAUCAUCCGAAUCUGAAAUGCGAAGAAGAGAUUCAAGUUAUAAUAGAUACAAUAUAUUAAAUCAUCUUAACGAAUUUUAUUAUUAA